AUGGAAGACUUCACGUCUUGUCGAAUAGAUAGUAUAGUUAGAUGUAUUUCGUUUGUCGUUAUAAAUGAAAAUUGUGGCACUAAACUUAUAAGAAAAUUCUGAACGAUCAUUUCCAUGGGCAAUUGUAUGAAAUCUACUGAUCCUUUGACUGCUUCUCUUCCGAAAAGUAUCAGUAUCGACACCACAGCGAUUAAAGAAUCAGGAGUGCCGAUUAUCUUCGUAAUUGGAGGACCGGGGUCUGGGAAAAGAACCCUAUGCAUGAAAGUGGCAGAGAAGUACGGUUUCGAUGACAUAAUAUCCUCAGAUGUGAUUCGAACUGAAGUGUCGAAGCGAACGGGAAAGGCGUUCGCGCUGGCGCGUUUAUUGUCGGAAGGUCAAUUGGUGCCAUCGGCUAUAUUAGUGGAAUUGAUCGCUGCUAAGAUGCUCCAACACGUGCAAGACAAGAAAGGGUUCAUUGUGAGCGGAUUUCCCCGGGAGAAAUGUCAGGCAAAAUUAUUCGACAAAGAAGUGCGUCACCCCAAUCUCGUUCUAAUGCUGAACGUUCGAAAUUCCGUGAUGAGCGAUCGGUUAAUGGCGAAAAGCGUGAAAGCCACCGAGAGAUUGUCCAUUAAUUUCGAGUAUAUUAAAAAGCAAAUCGAGGACUUUCAUAAACGAAACAAAUUGAUAGUGAAAUACUAUAGAAAUUUGGUGGUGGUGAUCGACGCUGAACCUGACACGAUGACCGUGUUUGAGAAAGCAUCCGAAUCUAUAGAUAACAUUUUAGUGGAAUUUCCAGGCUUUGAAGCGAAUCGUCCAGCCACGUCGAAUGCUGCUAGAAGUAGAGCAACCUCGAAAUAAUAAAGUUCGUAUUAUAACUAUUUAUAUCAUACAUAAAAUUUAUAUUAUACAGAAAAUGAGACUAAUAUGCCAUUUAAGAGAAACUUUUAUGGAACAAUAUUAGACCGAAUAUUUUUAAUUUGGUCAGAUGUAAUAUAGGUGUUAAGUGCUAGUAGUGGACGUGCUAUAAUUAGAAGAUCCUUUUAUCAGUUUAGCGAGCAGAAUAUUUAGACAAGAAACGUGAUUCCUUUUGUACAUCGUGAACAUUCAUCUCUGCGUAUACUUCAACGUUAUUGCAUAAAUAACGCUAUAACUAAUGUAGCCUACGGUGAAAUAGGCUACAUUAUAUAAGAAUAGGCUUUCUGCUUAAAUAGACGAUAAGUAAUAUAACAGAAUCCUUCGAACGAUAUAUCGUCUGGUAAAAUAAUGAUUACGAAUUAAAUGUUUCUGUAUUUUACUCUUUCAUUCGAGAAUUAUAACGAGAAGUAUUAUUAAAAUUCAUUUCUCUGUAGGUUGGAACAUUUUUUAUUUCAAAUUGCUAAAUGUAUUUCACACAGUUUUAACUUCUAUUCCACAGAUAAAUGGGUAUGAUUGGCAAAAUAACUAACUAUUUGAAAUAAUAAUUGGCAAACUAACCGUCGGCUGAAUAUUUCCCCAGUGUACACACGAAAAAUGUUCGUGAUGGGCAUACACUCUCACUCGCCAUGCGCGUUUGUAUUUAUUUAUCCCCUGUAUGUGAUUCCACUCAUUUUAAUCAGUAGAUGGAUGGUUGCCUCUAUUUAUGAGCCUACAUGCACACGUGAAACGUCUUUCUGUUCGAAGACCCAACUCACUCUCGUAUCAAUUGUUACUGUGUGCGUGCACAUGAUUCGCUUGUCGCGCAUAUUCAUAAACAUGUAUGCACUUUACGUUGCUCUAUCUGCACGUAAAUUCUCCUUCGUAUCUCGGCAGAUGACUGGUAAAACGAGUUUCUGCGUGCUCAUGUCAUGAUUGGACAGACACUUUUCGAAGUCCAGCAAAUUAAAUUUUUAUGUGGCAAAGGGAAUAGAAAAAGAUAAAUGCAAUUAAGUUUGCAACAAUAAUUGUUUGCUACAGUUUCUUUAAAUACUUAUAUUAAAUACUUUAAAUAUAGAAUUUAUUUGAAACGAAUUGUUAUUAAAUAUUAUCAGAUAUAAAUAAACAAGCACGGACCCUAUUUUUUAUUAAUAAUUGUAGCGCAAGUAUAUUUAACCAUUUGUAGUUAAAUUACAUGCGGAACUACCUCAUGAAUUGAAAGAAAUGUUCAUUUGUAUUGACAAAAAUUUCAAGCAUUUUAUUUAAUGAAUGACUAUACAAUGUAAUAGAAACAUUAAGUAAGUAUCUUAAGAAAUUUUUAAAAAAAAUUCAUCCUCAGUUUGCCUACUAACUACAACCAUACAUUAUCCCUGAAUUAUUUAGUUGUGUAUUUAAUUAUUGUAGAAAUUAAGACUUCUAGAAAAAAUAAAGAAUUGAAAUGCACAUAUAUUUCAAAACAAUAUAAACCAGCCACCAAUCUUUCUAUUUCAAUUUUUUAAAAUCCUUCCAUCCAUUCCAAUUAUCAAAAAUAUCAGCCCCUUACCCUGGUAGAUACAAUUUCUUCUAAUGAUUCUCACCUUCGAUUCACGAUACUCCUUACCGCGAAUCGUCACACGACGCGUCUUUUUUAAUCACCCGCUUUGUAUCCGUCCCUGAAAGCUUGGUAAAGCGUACGUUCACACAUCCGCUCGCGUACCGUCGUGUAUAUGACCGGCUAUCGAAGCGCUCGAAUGUGUUAGAGUGGGUGGCCGGGUGGUUGGCUGCGUUUAUGAGGGUGCGGGCCCGAAAUUGAAAAGCACCCCAGCGAGAGGUAGGUGAGGGUGGUCGUGCAGCAGUCAUUGACAAGCGAAAGACCGUAUCAGAGGGUAAUCCUAUUGGUGGACGGCCGCGUCGCGACGUCCAGGCGUCAUUGGUCCGCCUUCGAGCUAUGGGGCGUGGUCUCGAGUUCCUCGAGGGUUCACGUGGAGGGGUGAGAAAUGCCUGGCUGCAUCCCUGGCAACGAUUACCGGAAAACCACAGGGUCGUUCAGCGGUAGGAAUCCAGCAUGGCGGACCUAGCAACCCCUCCGGCUGAAUUCACCACCACUACCACCAGUACCACCAUCAACACAACCACUACCAGGUAGGUGACUUCGUUGCUAUUAUCGAGGCCACUGCGACUGUUCACCACUAAACCGGCCGGGUAGUGGAUUUCGCUCGAUUUGUCCGGGGGAACACUUCAGGAAUCGGAAGUUCGAUCGGACGAUUAAUUGCUCCGUUAACUAGUCUUUUCAGACCACGACUCUUUGACGACGUCGCGGGAAUACAAGACGUCGUCCCGCGAUUUCGAGUAUUACAUUGGCACGGGAAAUUUAGCGUUUCCUACUGAUUACUGAAAUUUCUUCGUCUCUUAUCGUAUUUGUAAUUGUUGCUCUACUGCGUAUAUAGAUAGCGUGAAAUAAAUGUAGCUUCGAUGAAAGAGUAGUAGACAGUUGUAUUAACUAAAUAACUCUACAAUCGAUCUGUUUUUGACACUUCCAAAUAUACUCUGAAAAUAAUACAAAAUUAUAAUCUGACACUACUGUAACAUUUUUAUUAAUAAUUUACGAUGUGCUCUUAACGGAACGUGUCAUUGCUGGUGCAAUAAUCAUCGUUAUUCAUAAUUACGGAAAAUUCAAACUGUCGUCCACCUUUAUUUCAUCAAGCAAUCCUUCCUUAUAAGAAGCCUCUUCUAUCCUUGUUUCCACUAGCCGAAACCAAACCGUUCAGAGAGCAGUUUUUUAACGAGCAGCGUCGCAGCAGUGGAUGGAUCUGAUUUCAGCGAGAAACACCGCGACGCUAGGUAUCGUUCUAUCCAGCCCGAUAAAGGAGAAGCACAGGUUGAAGCUACAAGAAAGAAAGCGAACAGAGGGUAGAAAGAGAUGGAGAACGAGGUUUCACUACCACGUAGCCAACGAUCAACAAU